CCAUUUAAAGUGUUGGCAACUGAAACUGUAAGCGGAAAGGCAUUAGAGGCAGAUAUAUACAAUGCAAUUCCUACUGAAAAGGUGGACGGAACCUGCUGUUAUGUAACUACCCAUAAAGGGCAACCCUAUCUAUGGGCCAGGCUGGAUCGAAAGCCCAACAAACAAGCUGAAAAAAGGUUUAAACGAUUUUUGUAUUCAUUGGAAGAUUGCAAAGAAUUUGUUUGGAAUGUUGAAGAGGAUUUCAAACCUGUCCCAGAUACCUGGAUUCCAGCAAAGGACAUAGAGUUCUCUAAUGGCCGGCCUUUGCCCGAUGAAAACGGACAUAUGCCAGGUUGGGUGCCUGUAGAGAAAAACAGUAAGCAGUAUUGCUGGCAUUCUUCUGUUGUAAAUUACGAGGCUGAAAUUGCGCUGGUAUUGAAACACCAUGCUGACCCAGGGCUGCUGGAAAUCAGCCCAGUGCCAUUAUCGGAAAUUUUAGAACAAACAUUGGAGCUUAUUGGGACUAAUAUUAAUGCAAAUCCAUAUGGAUUAGGAAGCAAGAAGCAGCCUGUACAUCUCCUUGUACCACAUGGAGCAUUUGAAAUAAAGAAUCCACCUACUUUGAAACAGAAUGACAUAGUGUCUUGGUUUGAAGGCUGCAGUGAGGGUAAAGUUGAAGGAAUUGUGUGGCACUGCCAUGAUGGGUGUUUAAUCAAGCUCCAUCGCCAUCAUCUUGGUUUACGCUGGCCACUUGCAGAGACAUACCUGAAUUCUCAGCCUGUUGUGAUUUCUUUUAAUAGGACUAAAUAUGACUGUGACUUUGAACCAAAGAGUUUGUUUCACCAUUUUUCCAACUUGGAUGGUCAAAGAUUUGACAGACUCAAAGAUAUCAAGUUUGAUGCUUGAAAUUAUUUUUCUCUUCAGUUAAUUGUCAUGUGCUGCAUUCCUCUUACCUGUGUCUACCACAGAACUCU